AAUACUUUAUCAGGACAUAUCACACACGGUUAUAAUCACUUUUUUUUAGUAGCUAAGGGGAACAUACACUGAUAACAUGGCUGAGGAACCGCAGAUCAUUUCGGCGAUCCGUAUUCUCUUCGAAGUAAUAUGGACGCAUCUUCGUCUAAUCUUCGAGAUUCUGAAGGCGCUGUUCAGAUUUGUGGUGCCUCCAACCCCUAAGGAAGUUAAUGAAGACAUCAUUUUGAUCACCGGCGCCGGUCAUGGAAUGGGUCGCGAGGUGGCGCUACGAUUCGCCAAGUUGGGAGCAACUGUGGUGUGCAUCGAUAUCAACGCCAAGGGUAACGAGGAUACCCUGAAGAUGAUCAAACAGGCUAAGGGCAAGGGCUUCACCUACGAAUGUGACGUCACAGACCGAGAGGCCGUCAUGCAGCUGGCCCAGAAGGUGGAGAGAGAGGUAGGAGAGGUGACCAUCCUGAUCAACAACGCCGGCAUCAUGCCCUGCAAGCCAGUACUCAGGCACUCCGAGAAGGAGAUCCGCACUCUCAUGGACAUCAAUGUUAACGGAAACCUUUGGAUGAUCCAAGCCUUCUUACCAGCCAUGUUGGAACGCAACUCAGGCCACAUCGUCGCCAUGUCCUCCAUGGCCGGCAAGAUGGGGCUCCGUAACCUGGUGCCCUACUGUGGAAGCAAGUACGCCGUCAGAGGCAUCAUGGAAGCCCUGGCUCUUGAACUGCACGAGGACCCCAGAGAUACUAAUGGCAUUAAGUUCACAACCGUGUGCCCGUACAUCGUGAACACGGGUCUGUGCCACAACCCCCGCAUCCGCUUCGCCGGCCUCAUGAAGACAGUAGAGCCGGGCGAGGCCGCCGACCAGAUCGUGGACGCCGUCCGCAGGGAGUACCACGAGAUCACCAUCCCAAGCGACUUGUAUUAUACUAAUAAGAUCUUCAACCUGUUCCCGCCAGCAGGUGGUAGGAUAUUGACUGACUUCAUCGGCACCGGGCUGGACCCCCACGAUUAAAUUAAUUGUGAACAAAUAUUUUGUAAAUAAAUAAAAACUUGAUA